AUGGGCGGGACGACGCACAUGCGUCGAUCCGAAACCUCGAAGAUAGAUUUCUCAAGGUACAAGGGAACCGAUGAAGAUUCCCUUUUGAGAUGGUUCGUCGAGUUAGACGAUGCCAUCAGGGCCCGUCACAUCGAGGGUGACGAGAUGCAAGUCACCUUCGCCCUGUCAAAUGUGACGGGACGAGCAAAGACUUGGGCCUUAGGGCUCAAGCUUCACGACCCAAACGUGUUUGAGUCGUUGGAGAUCUUGAAGUCUCGGCUUAAAGAGACGUUUGAGCCGCCGAGAGCCGAGUCCAGAGCACGCUCUGCACUAUCGAGACUAAAGCAAGGUAAGCGUGACGUGCACGCUUACGCACAGCACCUGCGCUACCUUGCGAUUAGCGUGACGGAGAGCCAUGUUGAUGAGCACACGCUCAUCAACGUGUUCAUCUACGGCACUGUGGGGUGGGCCAGUGAAGACCUACAUUUUCCGAGAGGACUUCCAUACGCUGGAAAGGGCGAUAGCGUAUGCGGAACAAGAAGACUCCAGCCUGAGACAGUCUCAGGCAAACUAAUCGAACUCUCUAUCGACGAGAAGACAGGAAACAGGAGGUCCCGAAACAAUGGACCUCUGUUACAUCAAGAGCGAGAACUCUUGCUCUGUGAGUCACAAGCGAACGGCAAGAUGCCAUCGCUAUCAAAACAUUGGGCACUAAGCUCAUGA